UCAGUGCUGAACAAAAUGGCGAGCCGUCGGUCAGCGUCUGCGCAACGCUCUAUGACUAGAAGUCGAAAAAUUCUAGCGUUGGUGCCUAAAUGCGGAGCUAAGUCUGAUGUAGAAUCUAGCGAAUCUUCGGAAGAUGAAUUCCAGAUGUGUAGACCUCAUCAAGAUAUCUCCGAAGACAGCUCCCCGGUCCGAUCAAUAGCGUCAUCCGUCGAAAAUGUAAACAUCUCCGAUUCUGAUGACUGUGAGUAUCGAGAAAUAUAUGCCGUUGCUUCUGUCCAUGAAGAACCGAGAAUCAGACAAAACACUACCGACUCUAUUUCAUACUCACCUUCUAUUCUUCAACACGAUCCUGAUAUUAUACCGCCUUCGCCAUCAGUUUAUAUUCCACCGUCACCAUCAAUAGACUCAAUCUGCAGCCCCGCAUCAUUAGCACUUGCCGCAUCUUCAGCCCCUGCCGCAGCUGCCGCAGCUACUGUACGUCUUCGGCGUUAUAAGAAAACUCCGGUAAUCGUAAAAAAAACCGUUUUGAAACCUACCAAACUGUCUCCUAAAUGGACAAAAACGAAAUUUCAAGGAUCAGCAGUUAUAGAAGAUAACAUGUUUUGCGAUUCUACUGAUAUUGAAAAAUCACCGCUUGAUUAUUUUAAGUUAUUUUUUACUGACGAUAUACUAGAACUUAUUGUAUAUCAUUCUAAUUUGUAUUCUGUGCAGAAAAAGGGCACAUCAAUUAAUAUUACCAAAGAGGAUAUUAAAGACUUCAUCGCUAUAAAUAUUUUAAUGGGUGUUGUAGAUAUGCCGGCAUACACCGAUUACUGGUCAAACGAAUUUAAAUACAGUAAAAUUGCUGACGUCAUGACGUUAAAGAAGUUUCAGUGUAUUAGACGUUACAUUCAUUUUAAUGACAACUUAAAAGAUGACGGUGACAGAUAUUACAAAAUAAGGCCACUAAUAGAAAAAGUUCGUCGUAACUGUGCGUCCAAUAUUCCUGAAGGAAAACGUUUUAGCAUCGACGAGAUGAUGGUGCCUUAUAAGGGUACUAGAGCCGGAAGCCGAAAACAAUACAUAAAGAAUAAACCCAAAAAAUGGGGCUUUAAGUUUUUCGUUCGUGCUUCACCAUCCGGCCUAGUACAUGAUUUUAUCAUUUAUGGAGGAGAAGACACUUUCAGACUCCAUACUUUUGCUGAAAAAGAAAAAAGUAUGGGUCUUGGAGCCAAGGUUGUAAUAGCUUUGGCCAAAUCAAUCAAGCAAAAACCAUGCUCCGUACUAUACUUUGACAACUUUUUUACGUCAAUUGAAUUGAUGCAUCAUCUAAGGAAUGAGUAUGGUAUAUUCUCCUUAGGUACAGUCAGGACAAAUCGGCUUCGUGGGGCAGAGAAAAAAUUACCAAGUGAUAAGGAGAUGAAAAAAAAGGGCAGGGGAGCUUUUGCACAGGUCGUGUCAAACGAACACAACAUCGCUGUUGUGAAAUGGUUCGACAACAAGUGUGUGGUAGCUGCAAGUACUUAUGUGGAUGCUCACCCUGUACAUAACAUAAUGCGAUACAAGAAAGAAGAGAAGAAAAAAGGUCUCGUCACAUGCCCAAAUUUAAUAAAGCACUAUAACGCUAAUAUGGGUGGGGUCGAUCUAGCCGACAUGUUAGUUGCUUUAUACCGUACUGAUUUAAAAGGACAUCGUUGGUAUUUAGUAUUAUUUUCUCAGAUUCUGGACAUCUGUGUCAAUAAUGCCUGGUUGCUAUAUCGUCACGAGAACAGUGGUAAACAAAAACUAUUGCAACUCAAAAAGUUUCGAGUCACUUUAUUUAGGCAACUGCGUUUUUUUGAGAGGAGUUCUAAUAUACAACCAGAUGCCAUUUCCAAAACUGAGAGAAAAAUAAAAAAGCCUGUUGCGGAGAGGCCUGAUGAUGCUACUCGUUACGACCUAACUGGACAUCUUCCUGCUUUUAUGACAAAAGGCAGAUGUAGACUAUGUACUAAACAUCAAACCAAAUUUUUUUGUCCAAAGUGUAACGCACGACUGUGUAUAGUUGAAGGGCGAAAUUGCUUUAUAGAUUUUCAUAUUAAGUAGUAUUUAAGUUUUUCA